AACCAAUCUACUUUCAGGAAGAGCACGACAGAAAACAUGGAGUCUACAUGGCUGAAUAUAUACAAUAGUUAACACUCGCAUGUAUAUUUACAGUGCGAGUUAACACGAAUACGAAAGAUUACGAAUAGCACAGCAUGUGAUCGUAUGUCUUAGGUUCACCUGGAAUCAGUUCAGUACACUACCUCAAAAUGACAGCGUCAUUGCCAACUUGGUCGGAGAAAAUGCUCCAACUGCUUCGCCGAAUGAACAACUUUUACUUGCCAGGAUCAACUCUGCACAGUUGUAUACGAUUUGAAGUGGAAGGGGAACAAGUUGGAUGGCUGCAACCGAAGAUAGCUUCCAUCUUGAGCCGUUUUCCCGAUGUGUUUACUUCUCAUGGUGGCGCUAUGUCUGUUAACCGCUGUCUCGACUCCUAUGCGAAGAGGUCAGAGGCCGUGGACCAGGUUUUGCAGGAGCUGAGGAAAGAUGAGUCACUUACAUGCCUGAAAGGCUGGAGGAACGAGAAAUAUGCUGUCAUGCCAAGAUUCUGUGACACUCCUCUGAUGUGCAUGGAAAGAUCAGCCACAAGUUUGUUUGGAGUGAAACGCUAUGGGGUUCACCUCAAUGGAUACAGUUGGGAUGACAGCGGUAGACUCUGCAUGUGGUUGGGCCACCGUUCAGCAACAAAGCAGACGUAUCCAGGGAAACUGGAUAACCUGGCGGCUGGGGGAUUGGCUGCCAGCUGUGGAGUCAAACAAACGAUGGUGAAGGAGUGUGAGGAGGAGGCUUGCAUCCCAGCAUGCAUUGCAGAGAAAGCACGUCCUGUUGGCACUGUGAGCUAUACCUAUGAGGACGAGGAAGGUGUGUUUCCAGAGGGCCAGUUUGUGUUUGACCUGGAGCUACCUCUUGACUUCAAGCCUCGGAUUGGGGACGGGGAAGUGCAAAACUUCUACUUCUACCCCAUAGAAAAGGUUAAAGAGCUUCUGGUCACUGAAGAAUUCAAGCCAAACUGUGCCUUGGUGGUACUUGACUUUCUCAUCAGACACUCCGUCAUACAGCCAGAUACAGAGCCCUACUACCACGAGUUUGUUGCUGGAUUGCAUAAGAGCUUGUGAAAUGAAGACCUGACUCCACAUUAGGAUUUCUCACUAUCUUUAAAGAUACUUCCAACCUCAUUUGAACUGGAAUGUGUCUCUCUUGGUGGGCUAAUCAGGCUAUUGUGCCUACCAGUUUCUGCUUACGGAUAUGGAUUUUUAAUUGUACUAAUCAUUUUAAUUGUUCUAAUUGUACUUUGUAUGCCAUAAAAACACUGCAGCGAGAUGCCCAACUCAUAGCUGGGGGUCUCACGCAUCUUAUUUGUGCCCACUUGCAUGUUCAUGUUGGGAGAGGGGUGUGGAUUGAAAUAGUACGUCUCUUGUACAGUUUGGCAUGUGGAGCAGUAAAUAUUGUGCCUCAAAAACAAUAAAAGCAAUUCACACCAGGUUAAA